AUAUCGUCAAUCGUCAUCCUCCGUUUGCCGUUCUUUCUGUGUGCAAGAAACCAAGCACGUGUGUUGAUACUUUAGUGCAUACCUUAUUCAUAAAUGUGUUGUUUAUUAUAUGUUAUUCGUUCUUAGUUCUUACUUUCUGUAAAAGUAGAGUUUUCGUUUUUCCUUACCAAACCUAAACAAAUCGCCAUGAAUCAAGAAAAGUUGAAGAAACUUCAGGCCCAAGUGAGGAUCGGAGGGAAAGGUACACCGAGAAGAAAGAAGAAGGUUGUACAUGCUACUGCUGCAACAGACGAUAAGAAACUUCAGAGCUCUUUAAAGAAGCUUUCAGUAAAUACUAUUCCAGGUAUUGAAGAGGUUAAUAUGAUUAAAGAAGACGGAAGUGUUAUUCACUUCAACAAUCCCAAGGCCCAAGCCUCAUUGGCCGCCAACACAUUUGCCAUUACAGGACAUGGAGAAAACAAGCAAAUCACAGAAAUGUUACCAGGAAUUCUUAGUCAGUUGGGUCCUGAAGGAUUGACACAGCUAAAGCGAUUGGCUACAAGUGUUGCAAGCAGUGGCGCUGGUGGUAAAACUGCCAUCGAAGAGGAUGACGAAGUUCCUGAGCUGGUUGAAAAUUUUGAUGAAGCCAGCAAAGAGGAAGUACCCGUCAAUGUCGCUGCAGAAAAAGAUGCAAAUUCCGCUGAAGGAAAAGAAAACAAAGACCCGGUGAAAGCAGAAUCGGAAUCGAAGGACGAUAAAGCUGCUUAAACUCCAAAAUAAGAACUAUCUUCUUUGCUUCUAAACCAACAGAGAGAGCCUAGAGUGCUAGCCAACAUCAUCCAGCCAUCCUGUUGGUCUCUUUAAAUCUUCUUCAUCCUGUUAAAACGUACGUGUACAGGCUACUGUAGCUCUACUCUGUAGUAAAAUUGAAUUGUUUUGUUUUUUAUUAACAAAUAAAUCUGUUUAAUUUCAUAUUCUGUGUUGGUCAGUACUCUAUAAAAAAUAAACAUGUACUAUAUUA